AUGUCUCCGGCCUCCGUCGUGGAACACGUGGUGCUCUUCCGCAUUAAGGACGGCGCUGAUCCGGCUGCCGUCGCUUCCUGGUUGGAGGGGCUUCGCUCCUUGGCGGCGCUGGAAGUCGUCGCCCACCUCGCCGCCGCCGCCGUCCUCCGCUGCCGGGGGCCGCUGCAGUUCACGCACGCCCUGCAUUGCCGCUACCGCACGGCGGCAGACCUCGCCGCCUACGCCACCCACCCGGCGCACCUGGAAGUGGUGAGAGACUUCGGCGCCGGGAUCUGCGAGGGCCUCGUGGCCGUCGACUGGGUGGCGGAGCUCGACACGGCGACGGAGGUAGGGCUGAGGCCCUCCGCCGCCGUUAGGGUGACGCUGGCGAGGUUGAGGGAGGGGGCAGCGGCGGCGGAGAGGACAGAGGUGGCGGCGGCGCUCCGGGAAGCGGGAGCUUCGUCCCGGGGUGUUGAGCAGGUCACCGGCGGGGAGAACUUCUCGCCGGCGAGGGCGGAUGGCUUCGCGGUGGCGUCUCUCUGGGCGUUUCCGAGCUCGGAGGAGCUCCCGAUGCUGGAGGUUGAAGGAAGCUCGGCGGCGGAGAGCGUGGUUACCGUCGAUUUCGUCGUCCCUCCCCUGCCCACGCUGAGCUGCCCAGAUCCCCUGGAAGGCUGA